AUGUCCGCCAAUUCUCACGAGACAAACGUUCGGUGCUCCAGCGAAGCUGCCAAGACCUUCGUCGACUGGUACUAUCGCGCUAUCAACGAAGGCAAGCCCGUCGCGCCAGGCUACGUCAAUGGCCACGCCGCCUACGACAGGGCAGGCCACCCGCCAGCCGACAUCUGCAUCAACGGGCUGGUGGUCGCCACGCCAGAGGAAUUCGACAAGCUGCUCGAGAAGCAACGCCAGGCGCCGAAACAGCCCGACCCCAACAAGAAGAGGGUGCGGUAUGAGGUUGAGGCCUACGACGUGCACGUCAUCAACGCCGACUACCGGUUUGGCGCGCCACAAAAGAUGCUCGACCUACACUCGCCCACUGACGGCAUGCGCAUGAUGAUGGCGCUGUCGGUCAUGGGCACCGUCUACUUCGGUACGGGAAGGAAUAAAGACGACGACUACUGGGAGAAGCAGAGCUUCCACGACAGGUUCAUCCUAGUGCCAAAUUGGGACUCCCUUGAGAGGCCUGCGGCCAGGGGUGGGAGGAGGUAUCUUGUGGUUUCUCAUAACUACAGGGCGAAUUAG